AUUCACCUGAUCAUAUGCAUAUAUUAGAGGAUAAUGAAAAGCUUAAACAAUUAAAGGUAGUUCAGGUUUUAGUUGAGAGGGAAGCUGUAAAAAACUAUUUGCUCCUAGUAAUAGUUAAUACUGUUAAAGAAUAUAGAACAGAGAAAUUAGAUCUUAAGAGAAGCCUAAAAGAAUUAAAGUGCAAGAAGAUGCCUCAGUACUUUUUUAUUAAUCAAAGCAACGUAAAAUCCAAUGCUAUCAAGUUGGCUUUCUCAGGUCUUCAAGUGGAUAAGCAAGAAUAUGAUCAAGAUAUACAAAAGUUAUGGACGCAAGGAUUUUUCGGAAAAGGAAAUUUAUCGAGAAGUGAGCCUACUUUUGAGUGGAGGAGGAAUUCGAAUGUAUCCAUUCAAGAACAUUUACAUCUUACAACUGAAGAAGCAUUUUUUUUAAAUUUUGGGCUUGGAUGUUUAGAAAUCUAUGAUACUAAUGACGAUUCACCACUAACAAAAUUGGAUAAUCCAUUCAUUAUUCGAUAUGUUGCAUAUCAUUAUUUUCGUAGUUUGGGAUGGGUUGUCAAGGGUGGUAUGAAAUUCGGUUGUGAUUACGUGUUGUACGAAAAAGGUCCUGUAUUUAAACAUGCAGA